AUGAUGGAUCUGUUGCGUCUAUCAAGUCUGUUUCUCAUGCUCCUCUUUCAUGAUCAAGCCGCUGCUCUCGUCCCCAGAGCAGAAAAACCGACCUACAGCACGUUCAGCUAUACGCAGGUGACUUCAGAUCGUUAUCCCACGGCUCUGAAACCAUCUCUCACUUAUCCAACCCCUUUUGCCCCAUCAUUUGGUGUUGCAUCCACACUGUUACCGACAGAUGCGACUUACACUACCUACUCUUUGAACCCAAGCGCAACAUUGAGUAUGGACGGUGAAUAUGGACAGAGUGCUUAUGCUGCUAUGUGGGGCACCUUAUCAUACUCUAAUAUACCUCCGUUCACCACCACCGUCUCCCCGACGCCAGUAGCGAAGAAAGAGCUAGUUUUCCCUCCAGACCUUCCAUUCCAGAUGGCCCCAGAAGAACAUUUGACACUACCCUCGGACUUUAUCUGGGGUGUUGCCGGGAGCUCCUGGCAGAUUGAAGGCGGCCUGCAGCUGGAAGGACGGGGCCCAAGUAUUGUGGAUUUGGUCGGAGCAAUUGGCUCUAAUGAGACAAUUGGAGCCAUCACUCUAUCCUCCGGUGCCAAUGACUCGAAUGUGGCGGACAUGAAUUAUUUCCUUUAUAAACAGGAUCUGGCUCGCUUGGCUGCCUUGGGAAUUCCCUACUAUUCUUUCUCGAUAUCAUGGGGUCGUGUGAUGCCUUUCGGAGUGGCAGGAUCCCCAAUUAACCAAGAGGGACUCGACCACUAUGAUGACUUGAUCCAGACUUGCCUCGAAUAUGGAAUCAAGCCAAUCGUGACGCUGUUUCAUUUUGAUUUGCCCACUACGAUCAAUAUUGAUGAACCUGAAUUUCAAACCCACUUCUUGUACUACGCCAAGCAAGUUAUGACCCGAUACGCCGACAGAGUCCCCUUUUGGAUUACGGUCAAUGAGAUUAACAUGGGCCCGGGCUUGACCUUUGAGACUUACAACGCUAUGACUGUGAUCUUGCAAGCCCAUGCGGCAGUGUAUGACUGGUACAAAACAGAGCUCAAAGGCACUGGGCAAAUCAGUAUGAAAUUUGGCAAUAAUCUAGCGGUGCCUCUAGACCCGAGCAAAUCGUCUCACACAUCUGCUGCACUUAGAUAUCAAGAUUUCGAGAUUGGAAUUCUGGGAAACCCCCUAUUCCUUGGCAAACAAUACCCGGCGGACGUGCUCAGCACAGCCGACCUUGACCUGACACCUCUCACACAAAAGCAAAUCUCUUCGUUUCACGGCAAGAUUGACUUCUUAGCCAUCGACCCGUAUGUCGCUCAGUACGCCUCUCCGGCGGAAGAUAUGACGGCCUGUGUGCAAAACAGCUCUGAUCCUCUGUGGCCUCACUGCGUCGUUUUGACCAACGUGCAAGCCAACGGAUGGUUGAUGGGUGAUGGAUCGGAAGCCUAUCCAUAUAUCGCUCCACAGUAUGUGCGACAGCAGCUCGGCUACCUGUGGAAUACAUUUAAGCCAUCCGCCAUCUUGGUUGCUGAAUUUGGCUUCCCAGUAUUCGCCGAAUCGCAAAAAACUGUCCCUGCACAACAAUAUGACUUGGAACGGACACUAUACUAUCAGGGGUUUCUACACGAAGUGCUCAAAGCCAUCCACAAAGACGGCGUGAACGUGAUCGGUACCGUUGCCUGGAGCUUUGUGGACAACAACGAAUUGGGUACCUAUGAUAGCAGGUACGGCAUGCAAAGUGUCAAUAGGACCAACGGCCUUCUCACACGAACUUUCAAGAGGACCAUCUUUGACUUUGUGGACUUCUUCCGUGACCAUAUGACCAACUAG